ACAGAGUAAUGGCUGAGAUCUCCCCUAAAGUCCUCUGCCAACCAGAUGGCACAUUGGGAAGGGACACUGCUGUCCAGGAAAACCCGAACAACAGGACACCAGUGGACAAUCUAACAUUGACCUACACCAACACGGACUUCACCUUCAGCCUCUACAAGGAACUGGCUUUGAAGAAUACAGAUGGAAAUGUCGUCUUCUCCCCAUUCAGCAUCUCAACAGCCUUGGCCAUCCUGUCCCUGGGAGCAAGGAGCAACACCCUGGAAGAGAUUCUGGAAGGUCUCAAGUUCAGUCUCAUAGAGACCCCUGAGGCAGAUAUCCACAGGGGCUUUGGGCACCUCCUCCACAUGCUCAGUCAGCCAGGGGACCAGGUGCAGAUCAGAACAGGUAGUGCCAUGUUUAUUGAAAAGCACCUACAGAUCCUGGCAGAGUUCAAGGAGAAGGCAAGGGUGCUGUACCAGGCUGAGACCUCCACGAUUGACUUCCAGCAGCCUCAUGAGGCCAAAAAGAACAUCAAUGACUAUGUGAGCAAACAGACCCAGGGAAAGAUCAAGGAACUGAUCUCAGACCUGGAUGAGAGUUCAUUAAUGGUGCUGGUGAAUUACAUCUACUUUAAAGGGAAAUGGAACAGACCAUUUGACCCUCAUGACACAUUUGAAUCUGAGUUCCAUUUGGACAAGAAGAGAUCUGUGAGGGUGCCCAUGAUGAAAAUUGAGAAUCUAACCACACCCUACUUCCGGGAUGAGGAUCUGUCCUGCUCUGUGGUGGAGCUGAAGUACACAGGCAAUGCCAGCGCCCUGUUCAUCCUCCCUGACGAGGGCAGGAUGCAGCAGGUGGAAGCCAGCUUGCAACCAGAGACCCUGAGGAAGUGGAAGGACUCUCUGAGGCCCAGGAAGAUCGAUGAGCUCUACAUGCCCAAGUUCUCCAUCUCCACUGACUAUAGCCUAGAGAACAUCCUUCCACAGCUGGGCAUCAGGAAAGUCUUCUCCACACAGGCUGACCUGUCUAGGAUCACAGGGGCCAAGGACCUAAGAGUCUCUCAGGUAGUCCACAAGGCUGUGCUGGACGUGGCUGAGACAGGCACAGAAGCAGCUGCCGCCACAGGAUUCAAAGUGGUCUUUUUGUGUAGAAAAUUUAUAUCGAUGACAGUCCGUUUCAACAGGCCAUUCCUGAUGUUUAUCUCUGAAACAGAUACUCAGAUAACCCUCUUUCUGGCCAAAAUCUCCAACCCUAAGUGAGGCUAGAGCUUCCCAAGUGGAGAGGCUCCUGCCCAGGAGCCCAGGAGGCAGCCUGCAUGUCGGUGUGUACAUCCUGGACUCCGUGCUCUGAUUGGCUUUCCAUGACUCCUACAUACACAGGAGCCUUGGACUGUGAGUGACAGGCUCUUGGGCCUUUUGGGAGCACUUACUCAAGCUUCUGAGCUUGGAAUCUAUCUUUAUGCCCUCUCCCUGCUCACUCACCUGUAUUUGUCUGUAUCCCAAAUGUGGGCACUAUUAUGUAGGCAGAGUCUCAGUAUACUUUCUAGGCACAUCUGCCUUCAACAUCUAUGGUCAUGAUGGGAUCAUGCAAGGUUACCGGCCAAUCCAUGAGGACCAGGACCAGGACUGAGAAGGGAAGCUGCUGCACUGAAUCUCACUCCUGCAUCUGGUACCUCCUGGUGACAAGUUCUUUCCUUGUGCUUUCCCUCUCCAGUCCCUAGCCUCUGCCAGCCACUGCCCUUUGCAGCAGAUACUGGCCAUGCACAUAUCCGGCCCACUGUUGGAGACUUCACUCAUCUUGAGGGGCCUAUUAGUCAGACCAGGUCCUUUCCCCCAGCGCUCCUACUUAGGGCACAGUACCCAUUUUCUAGAUUGGCAACUGACGAACCUGAAAUGAUAGAUAGACACCUUCAACUUCAUCACCCAAAAUGCAGGGUUUGGAGCAAAGGAUCAAUAAAAGUAUAAUUCACUCAGCUCCUGUUGGCAGGGGUGUGCCCUCUAGUGACCACAAGGUAGUAGAAAUUGUCACUUAUGCUCUGUGACUCCUGUGAUGGACCUCUGACCUACAUGUUAUUAUCAAUCCUUUUUAUGGAUCAGGAAACUGAGGCACAGAGAAUCUUAGUCAUUUCCCAUGACCUCACAGCUAGACAUUAUGACUGGUGGGAUGUUCUUCAAGUGUCCUGAUGCCAGAGGAACAGUUUUCACCAAGUGGGGAUCUGUGCACAGGCAUCACCAUGGUGGUGUGCAGGUGGAUCAUAAAACAAGGCUCUAGAUACUUCACAAAGAGCUCCCAAAAGCACAUAUGGAUCAUGUGACCUCUGUGUUGAGGUCAGAGGAGGGUGAGAAGGUCAUCACAUGACCAGAAAAAAAUGUCUUGGGCAGGGUUCCCAGUAAUGGAGGCAUUUCUAAGAAUCUGAUAGGGAGUGAGUCUUUGGGACAACACAGCAGAAGGGUGGUGGAGAGGAAGAAGCAAUUACAGACAAAAGAUGGUAAAGAGCCUGGAUCUGGGAGGAUUCUGAAAUUCCUCAGAGCCGCAGCGAGCAUUGGGGGGGUUUGUUGGUGUUUGCUGUCUUAGGCAAGUUACUCUGUGUGGUUACAAUGCAGAGAACUGAGUUAUUCAGAGGUCAGGUUGUCAUUGAGGAAAAUUUUAAGGAACAGCUGGAGAGGGGAGUUGAUGAUCUAGAUCAAGAGAUGAGCUUUCUUGGUGUGUAGAUUCAGAAGGAGAAGUGUGGUGGUAUUGUGUUCCCCCAAAUAUUGUGCACCCUAGUAAACUUAUCUGGGGUCAGAGGACAGGACAGCCACAAUAUUAAACAUAGAGGAUAGGCAAUGGUAGCACACGCCUUUAUCCCAGCAUUCCAGAGGCAGAGAUCCCUCUGGAUCUUUGUGAGUUCAAGGCCACACUGGAAACAGCCAGGCAUGGUGACACACGCCUUUAAUCCCAAGAAGUGAGCCUUUAAUCCCAGGGAGUGAUGGCAAAAACAGAAAGAUAUAUAAGGCGUAGAGAUCAGAAACUAGAAGCAUUUGGCUGGUUAAGCUUUUGGCUGGUUAAGCUUUUAGGCUUUUGAGCAGCAGUUCUGCUGAGACCCAUUUUGAAUAAGGACUUAGAGGCUUCCAGUCUGAGGAAACAGGAUCAGCUGAGGACCUGGCAAGGUGAGGUAGCUGUGGCUUGUUCUGCUUCUCUGAUCUUCCAGCAUUUAUCCCAAUACCUGGCCCUGGAUUUUAUUUUAUUAAUAAGACCAUUUAAGAUUCUUGCUACAGAGAAGAGGAGGUCUAGACAUUGGAUUGGGGCACCUGGUAAUCAUUGAGAAUCCUCUGAGCCCGGAAACACAGCCAGCAACCUGCAUGGAGAGGGAAAGUUGAACAUUCAGUUGGAGACUUACUUGUGUCUUAAAGAUCCUAAGGAAACUCUUGACAGGUGGCUCUGAGAUCAGCAGAGAUGUGCAGCCUGGCAGGAUCCUCAAAGAACCCCUUCCCCAGUAAACACCGAGAUACCAUUCCAUGAAGGAUGUGAUGUGAGAGAAAAGCAAACAUCUAUUGAAAGCAAACAAAUGUUCCAACCAUCUUUCCAACGUGUAGCAGGGCAGGUCCUGAGGCAGGGGUACAACCAGCACUCCAUGGGCACUGACAUGUCCCAGCUGUAUCCCAACAUUAUUCCUGGAUUCAGUACAAGUAUAUAAGGAGGCUGGUGCUGAAUGCAUCUCAAGCUGACCAGACCUGUGUCUGGAACUUGUGGACAAAGUCUGAGUCCACCUCUUAUGGGAGUCUAGGACCUAGAUAUCAGGGUUCACUUUUUCUCAUUCCCUGGGGGCUGAGGAUUCUCUCACUUCUUGGCCAUCAAAUGUUGCCUUAAUGAUGAACUCCCUACAGGGACAGGCCCAGCUUUCAAUAGAUGAAAUGGAGUGUGGUGGGGGAAGGGAGGGGCCUGUAAACUGCAGUUUACUGAGGUUGAAGGCCUGGGAACUCCAUGCUUAGCUCAGGAGUUUCUACAUGUUGAACAAUCACCUUAUAGAAAUUUAGCAGCGGUAAGUGGCUGAGUGGUGUGGUGUGGUGGGGUGGUGGUCUU